AACAUGCCUACAGAAACACUACAGACAGGUAGCAUGGUCAAACCUGUCAGUCCUGCCAUCACUUUCACUUCAGCUGUUCCUCUCCGCAUUUUAAACAAAGGACCUGAUUAUUUUCGCAGGCAAACGGAGCCUAAUCCAAAAAGACUUAGCGCCGUGGAGAGGCUGGAAGCUGACAAGGCAAAAUAUGUGAAAAGCCAAGAAGUCAUCAACGCCAAACAAGAACCCGUGAAGCCAGCAGUGCUUCCAAAGCCGCCAGUGUGCCCUGCAGCUAAGCGAGCCUUGGGCAGCCCUACCUUGAAAGUAUUUAGCAACAAUGCAAAGACUGAGAGUGGUGUCCAGAGAGAGAACCUGAAGUUGGAAAUUUUGAAGAAUAUUAUAAACAGUUCAGAGGGCUCCAGUUCAGGUUCAGGUCACAAACACAGUUCGCGAAAUUGGCCUCCCCACAAAUCUGAUACAGGAGACUUAAAUCGUCACUCAUUUGCAGAAUCCCUAAAGGUUUAUCCCACCCAAAGUUCUAACAGUCCUCAAGAAAGCAGCUCCAGUGUGAGUAGAAGGCUACUGGAACAAUCGGCAGAAUCUUUCUUGCAUGUUUCACAUAGUUCCUCAGACAUUAGGAAAGUAUCCAGUGGUAAACCUUUAAAAGCAAUACCCUGCAGUAGUUCAGCUCCACCUCUGCCUCCAAAACCCAAAAUUGCAACCAUCACUACGUUGAAAUCACCAGAGAUGGACUCAGUGGAAUCCACUUGUGGAGUAAGCAGACGACCUUCCCUUCAACGAUCGAAGUCGGACUUAAGUGAUAGAUACUUUAGAGUUGAUGCAGACGUUGAAAGGUUCUUUAACUACUGUGGACUUGAUCCUGAAGAGCUUGAAAAUCUUGGAAUGGAAAAUUUUGCAAGGGCUAACUCUGACAUUAUCUCUCUCAACUUUCGCAGUGCAAGUAUGAUCAGUUCAGACUGUGAACAGUCUCAGGACAGCAACAGUGACCUUAGGAAUGACGACAGUGCCAAUGACCGUGUGCCAUAUGGUAUUUCUGCAAUAGAAAGAAAUGCCAGAAUCAUCAAGUGGUUAUACAGCAUCAAACAAGCUAGGGAGUCACAGAAAGUGUCCCAUGUGUGAGUGGGUGUUGGAGAGGGGA